GACCGCAGCUCCUGGGGGGUGGGCGGCGGGGAUGACAGCGGCGGGGGUGGCAGCGGCUGCGGCGCGGGACUGAGCGAGCGGUUAGCGAGCCGGGGAAAGAGGAGGAAGUAUAGCCGCGGCCCGGAGCUCUGGAGUCAGCUGCCGCGCCGAGGACCGCCCCAUUUUGCAGAGCGAGCCGAAUCCGAACCUAAGAAGACUUCCCCGCCGGGCUCCGCGCCUCCUCGCCGGCGCCCUGCCCUGCCCCGCCUGUCCCAGACCCGGGUUCCGCCGGGACGCUCCCUGCCCUGCGGUCCGGGGCGUGUGGCCGGGGCGCCCCGAGCCCCAGACCCUGAUCCAGUGCACCGGCGAGGGACGCUCCUGGCCCACCAUACGGCUCUAGGGUUAAGGGCUCGUUCCCAGCCUUUCUAUAGUGUGUGUUGGAGCCCCCAGCCCUCCGACCGCGGUUAAGGCGGGGUGCCCCCAGCCCCGUGACUGAGUACAAAGCAGCCCGGACGCCUCCAGACUCUGGUUGCCCGAAACCCGAACCUUCAGCUGCCUCCAAUCCGGUGCUUCGGACCUGGGACCGUGCGAACAUCCAGGAAACCCCGGCCCGGGUUCAGCGCCCCGUGAGGGGUCCAAGGCGGGCUGGAUAGUCGGACUGAACCAGACAGGGCUGGUGCUUCGAGUCGAAGCUGCCACCUUCCUGCCGCCCCAGGCGAGGAGCUGAGCGCUUGCCCCCAAGAGAGCACAAGAGAGAGCCGAGAAGUGCAGCUCUCCCACUGAAGUGACAUCACCACCUCUGUGGACAGGACCCCCCAGGAGCCCAGCUCACAGCCACUGGUGCCUUCUUCCAGGACCAGCCGGGGGCCUCCAUGGGCGCCUGAGGGCAGGGCGCCAGGGCCGCGGGCGCGAGCAUGGUGAGACACCAGCCCCUGCAGUACUAUGAGCCGCAGCUCUGCCUCUCCUGCCUCACCGGCAUCUACGGCUGCCGCUGGAAGCGCUACCAGCGCUCUCACGAUGACACCACACCGUGGGAGCGCCUGUGGUUUCUGCUUCUCACCUUGACCUUCGGCCUCACGCUCACCUGGCUGUACUUCUGGUGGGAAGUCCACAACGACUACGAUGAAUUCAACUGGUACCUCUACAACCGCACAGGCUACUGGAGCGACUGGUCCGUGCCCAUCCUCAUGACCACAGCAGCCGCCUUCACUUACGUCGCAGGCCUCCAGGUCCUGGCACUAUGUCACAUUGCCGUGGGGCAGCAGAUGAACCUGCACUGGCUGCACAAGAUGGGGCUGGUGGCCAUCCUGGUGGCUACGGUGGUGGCCAUGUCAGCUGUGGCCCAGCUGUGGGAGGACGAGUGGGAGGUGCUGCUUAUCUCCCUGCAGGGCACAGCGCCAUUCCUGCACAUGGGGGCCCUGGUCGCCAUCACUGCGCUCUCCUGGAUCGUGGCAGGACAGUUUGCCCGCGCAGAGCGAUCCUCCUCCCAGAUGGCCAUUCUCGGUACCUUCUUCACCGUGGUGUUUGCCCUCUACCUGGCCCCUCUCACCAUCUCCUCUCCCUGCAUCAUGGAGAAAAAGGACCUGGGCCCCAAACCUGCCCUCAUCGGCCACCGCGGGGCCCCCAUGCUGGCCCCAGAGCACACGCUGAUGUCCUUCAGGAAGGCCCUAGAGCAGAAGCUGUACGGACUCCAGGCUGACGUCACCAUCAGCCUGGACGGCGUGCCCUUCCUCAUGCACGACGCCACCCUGCGCCGCACCACCAACGUGGAGGAGGAAUUCCCGGAGCUCGCCCACAGGCCCGCCUCCAUGCUCAACUGGACCCUGCUGCAGAGGCUCAACGCUGGCCAGUGGUUCCUGAAGACGGACCCCUUUUGGACGGCCAGUUCCCUGUCACCGUCCGACCACAGGGAGGCCCAAAACCAGUCCAUCUGCAGCCUAAUGGAACUCUUGGAGCUGGCCAAGGGCAAUGCCACGUUGCUGCUCAACCUGCAUGACCCGCCGCGGGAGCACCCCUACCGCGGCAGCUUCCUCAACGUCACGCUGGAGGCCGUGCUGCACUCCGGCUUCCCCCAGCACCAGGUCCUGUGGCUGCCUAACAGGCAGAGGCCCUUCGUGCAGAAGGUGGCUCCUGGCUUCCAGCAGACAUCGGGCUCCAAGGAGGCAGCUGCCAGCCUGCGGAGAGGCCACAUCCAGCGGCUGAACCUGCGCUACACUCAGGUGUCCCGCCAGGAGCUCAGGGACUAUGCAUCCUGGAACCUGAGCGUGAACCUCUACACAGUCAAUGCCCCGUGGCUCUUCUCCCUGCUGUGGUGCGCAGGGGUCCCGUCUGUCACCUCUGACAACUCCCACACCUUAUCCCAGGUGCCCUCCCCCCUCUGGAUCAUGCCCCCGGACGAGUACUGUCUCAUGUGGGUCACCGCCGACCUGAUCUCCUUCAUCCUGAUCGUUGGCAUCUUCGUGCUCCAGAACUAUCACUUGAUCAGGUGGCGCCUGGGUGGCAUACGGAGCUACAACCCCGAGCAGAUCAUGCUGAGUGCCGCGGUGCACCGGACCAGCCGGGACGUCAGCAUCAUGAAGGAGAAGCUCAUCUUUUCAGUUGAGCCUGAGCGGGAGUCCAGGCAGAGCGGCAGGGACAUUGCGCCCAGGCUGUCAGGGGUGCAGGGCGGCAGGACAAACAGGAGUGGUCAGUGCACGAGCAGCAGCUGCAGAGAGCCUGGGAGAGGUCAUGGCCAGCAACCUCUGAAGGGCAGGUUCCAUCUAUGUGAUUGUUUCCUCAUGACAAACUCAAAAAAGAAGAGGGGAAGAAGUCUAAAGAAACUCUUCAGGACGCUGGAGGGCCCGGUGCCGGAGGAGCCGGAGCUGGAUUGGGGCUCCGAGGAGCCGUGCGCGGGGUCCUGCCACGCACAGCGCAUCCUGCAGACCCUGAAUGCGUAUCGGCGGAGCGGCACCCUCACCGACGUGGUGCUACGUGCCGGCGGCCACGACUUCCCAUGCCACCGCGCAGCGCUUAGCGCGGGCAGCACCUACUUCCGCAGCCUGUUCGCGGCUGGGCAGCCAGAGCGUGGCCUGGCUAUGGUGCCCGUGGUACCCGAGGCGCCGGGCCCUGCCGGGACAGCGGUGGCGACGGCGCUGGCCGUGGUGCUCGACUACCUGUACGGAGCGGGCGUGCGGCUGCGCGCGGAGGACGAAGCGGCCGCGGUGCUGGCGCUGGCCGAGCGACUGGGCGUGGCAGGCCUGCGCGAGGCCUGCGCGCGCUUCCUCGAGGGUCGCCUGCGCGCCGCUAAUAGCCUGGCGCUGCGUCGCGUGGCCGCUGCCUUCUCCCUCGCCUCUCUGGCCGAGCGCUGCGGCCGCGUGCUGCGCCAGGCCUUCGCCGAGGUGGCGCGCCACGCCGACUUCUUGGAGCUGACGCCCGACGAGGUGGCAGCGCUUCUGGCCGACCCAGCGCUGGGCGUGGCGCACGAGGAGGCCGUGUUCGAAGCGGCCAUGCGCUGGGUGCGUCACGACCCGCCAGCCCGCCGCGGACAGCUGCGGCGCUUGCUGGAGCACGUGCGCCUGCCCUUGCUGGCGCCCGCCUAUUUCCUGGAGAAGGUAGAGGCCGACGAGUUGUUGCAGGCCUGCGGUGAGUGCCGCCCGCUGCUGCUAGAGGCCCGUGCCUGCUUCAUCCUGGGCCGCGAGACCGGCACACUGCGGGCCCGGCCGCGGAGAUUCAUGGACCUAGCUGAAGUGAUCGUGGUCAUCGGCGGUUGCGAUCGCAAGGGGCUCCUUAAGCUGCCGUUCGCCGACGCCUACCAUCCCGACAGCCGACGCUGGACCCCACUGCCCAGCGUGCCCGGCUUCGCGCGCUCAGAGUUCGCGACCUGCACUCUCCGCAAUGACAUCUACGUCUCUGGAGGCCACAUCAACAGCCGUGAUGUGUGGAUGUUUAGCUCCCAUCUGCACACCUGGAUCAAGGUGGCCUCACUGCACAAGGGCAGGUGGAGGCACAAGAUGGCGGUCGUGCAGGGGCAGCUGUUCGUGGUGGGCGGCUUCGACGGCCUGCGGCGCCUGUGCAGCGUAGAGCGCUAUGACCCCUUCUCCAACACCUGGGCUGCUGCGGCCCCGCUCCUAGAGGCAGUGAGCUCAGCUGCCGUGGCACCCUGCGCCGGCCGGCUCUACGUGAUGGGGGGCGCCGGGCGGGACGGCGUCAACACCAACAAGGUGCAGUGCUUUGACCCCAAGGAGGAACAGUGGAGCCUGCGGUCACCAGCGCCCUUCUCGCAGCGGUGUCUCGAGGCUGUUGCCCUGGAGGACACCAUCUAUGUGGUUGGGGGCCUCAUGAGCAAAAUCUUCACCUACAACCCUGGCAUGGAUGUCUGGGGGGAGGCAGCUGUCCUCCCCAGCCCUGUGGAGAGCUGUGGCGUGACUGUGUGUGAUGGGAAAGUCCACAUCCUUGGCGGGCGGGAUGAUCAUGGGGAAAGCACCGACAGGAUCUUCACCUUUGACCCCAGCAGUGGGCAGGUGGAGGCCCAGCCAUCCCUGCAGCGCUGCACCAGCUCCCAUGGCUGCGUCACCAUCGUCCAGAGCCUGGGCAGGUGACUCAUACUUGAACCAGGAGGUGGGGAGGGGAGGGAGAACUCAGGUUCACCACUGUUCCCCUCAUGGCAGCUCGGUGUAAACAGCCUCUUAGCUUACUGCCCCUUUUCUUGUAGAAAUAAAACCUCCUUCAAAGGUUGGGUCUGUGUUCCAGCUCAAGCCUCCUUUGCCUGGAGAAGUAAUGCCCAGUAUCUGCUCCCUGCUUUGACUC